AUGGCUGAUGAAAAUGAGUUAUUGGAUUAUGACGAGGAAGAUCAGGAAACCGUGCAGGAUUCCAAACCGAAUGGCGACCUUCAAGCUAAGAAAGCUGUGAAAGGUGACUACGUCACUGUUCAUAGUUCCGGCUUCCGUGACUUCAUUCUUAAACCCGAGGUCUUGCGUGCUAUCGUGGACUGUGGCUUCGAACACCCAUCGGAGGUUCAGCAUGAGUGUAUUCCUCAGGCUAUUCUUUCGAUGGACGUUCUCUGUCAGGCCAAGUCGGGGAUGGGGAAGACUGCCGUCUUUGUCAUUGCCACGCUGCAACAGUUAGAUCCAGAGGAGGAAGGCAUCACUCGAGUCAUCGUCCUUUGCCAUACUCGCGAGUUGGCCUAUCAAAUUAGUAAAGAGUAUGAACGGUUCUCAAAGUACAUGCCUAAGAUAAAGGUUGGGGUCUUUUUCGGUGGAAUGCCACUUCGGAAGGAUAUUGAAUCGCUGAACAAGUGCGCACCGCACAUUGUAGUGGGCACUCCUGGACGUAUUCUCGACCUCAUUCGUAACAAAGCGUUGAGGUUGGAUCACAUUAGGCACUUCAUCAUCGACGAAUGUGACAAGAUGCUUGAUACCCUCGACAUGCGCCGGGACGUCCAGGACAUUUUUCGCAUGACGCCGCGCAACAAACAAGUCAUGAUGUUUAGUGCGACCAUGAGCAAAGAGAUUCGUCCCGUCUGUCGCAACUUCAUGCAAGAUCCUCUGGAAAUCUUUAUUGACAACGACUCCAAAUUGACUCUGCACGGUCUGCGCCAACACUACGUCAAGGUGAAGGAGAACGAGAAGAAUCGGAAGCUAUUUGAGUUGCUUGAUGAGUUGCAGUUCAACCAAGUCAUUAUUUUCGUCAAAUCGGUUCAGCGUUGCAUUGCCCUGGCUCAGCUUCUCGUCGACCAGAACUUUCCUGCAAUCGCAAUGCACCGUGCGAUGUCCCAAGAGGAGCGGCUGGAACGCUAUCAGGCCUUCAAGAACUUCCACAAGCGCCUUCUUGUGGCUACGAAUCUCUUUGGACGUGGGAUGGACAUUGAACGCGUGAACAUUGUUUUCAACUACGAUAUGCCCGAGGACUCCGAUACGUACCUGCACAGGGUUGCACGAGCCGGUCGCUUUGGGACCAAAGGAUUGGCAAUCACCUUCAUUUCGGACGAACAUGAUGCCAACAUCCUGAAUGAUGUUCAGAAUCGAUUCGAAGUGAACAUCAGCGAGCUGCCUGAUGUCAUGGAGAUUGCCAGCUACAUGGAAGACCGUUAA